UCCCCACUAGUAACUCUCUCUCUCUCUCUCUCUCUCUCUCUCUCUCUCUCAAAUCCCUCUCGUUCUCCAGCGUUUUCUUGAUAAUAAAAAGGAAAAGGAAAAAGGCGCCAUACCCCCCAUUCGUAUAAGCUGUUAGCUACGAAUUUUGAGCAACAACCCACAAAGCUAGGAAGUGGGCAGCGGCUGUUUCUUGCUCGUAUUGCUGCUUAUUCUUCUUCUUCUUUUGUACUAAUUAAUUAAUUAAGUAAUUAAUUAAUUAAUUAAUCUGUACGCCUCGAGAGAGAUCGGGAUCGAAGAGAAGGAGAAGAAGAGGAUCAUACAUAGAGCUAAUUAAUUAGCUAGCUAGCAGAUAGAUAUAGAUAGAAAUUUACUUAUAUAAAUAAAGAAUGAUGGGUUGGGCGUGGGCGUGGGCGUGGGCGUGGGCGUGGGUGAUGGUGGUGAUGGUGGCGGUGAUGGUGAGGUGGGUGUGGGCGGCGAGCGUGGUGGGGGCGUGCAUGUACGUGGCGGUGAAGGUGGCGGAGGUGCUGUGGUGGAAGCCGAAGCGGUUGGAGAAGCACUUCGCCGAGCAAGGGAUACGGGGCCCGCCCUACCGCUUCCUCGUCGGCUGCGUCAGGGAGAUGGUCGGCCUCAUGCUCGACGCCUCCUCCAAGCCAAUGCUGCCCCAGACCUCCCACAACAUCCUCCCCAGAGUCCUCGCCUUCUACCACCAUUGGAAGAAGAUCUACGGGUCGACAUUUCUGAUAUGGUUCGGGCCCACGGCGCGGCUGACGAUCGCGGAGCCGGAGCUGAUCCGGGAGAUACUGCUGUCCCGCUCCGAGUACUUCGACCGCUACGAGUCGCACCCGCUGGUCCGCCAGCUCGAGGGCGAGGGCCUCGUCAGCCUCCGCGGCGAGAAGUGGGCCCACCACCGCAAGGUCCUCACCCCCACCUUCCACAUGGACAACCUCAAGCUGCUGAUACCUUACAUCGGGAAGACGGUGGUGGACAUGGCGGACAAGUGGGCGACGAUGUCGGCGGCGGCGGGGGAGGUGGAGAUCGACGUGUCGGAGUGGUUCCAGAUCGUGACCGAGGACGCCAUCACGCGCACCGCCUUCGGCCGCAGCUACGAGGACGGCAAAGCCGUCUUCCAGCUGCAGACCCAGCUGAUGGGCUUCGCCUCCGAGGCCUUCCGCAAGGUCCUCAUCCCCGGCUACAGAUUCUUGCCGACCAGGAAGAACACGAGCUCGUGGAAAUUGGACAAGGAGAUACGGAAGCACCUGGUGCGGCUCAUCGGCCGGCGAAAGGAGGACUCGGACUCGGCCUCGGCCGGAGAGAAGCCCGACGGCCGCGCUAAAGACUUGUUAGGAUUGAUGAUCAACGCGAGGCCGCCGUCUCUGGCGGGGAAGGGGAAAGAUUGCGAUCGCUCGGCGGCGGCGAUCACGGUGCACGACAUCGUGGAGGAGUGCAAGACGUUCUUCUUCGCCGGGAAGCAGACCACGUCGAACCUGCUGACGUGGACCACCGUGCUCCUCGCCAUGCACCCCGAGUGGCAGGAGCGCGCUCGCGCCGAGGUCCUCAGCGUCUGCGGCUCGCGCGCCCUCCCCACGCGCGACCACCUCGCCAAGCUCAAAACGGUGGGGAUGAUACUGAACGAGACGCUGCGGCUGUACCCUCCGGCGGUGGCGACGAUCAGGCGGGCGAAGGCGGACGUGGAGCUGGGCGGGUACGUGAUCCCGCGGGACACGGAGGUGCUGAUCCCGAUCAUGGGCGUCCACCACGACGCGCGGCUGUGGGGCCCGGACGCCGCCCAGUUCAACCCGGGGCGGUUCGCGGAGGGGGUGGCCCGCGCGGCCCGGCAUCCCACGGCCUUCAUCCCCUUCGGGCUGGGGGCCCGGAUGUGCAUCGGGCAGAACCUGGCGCUGCUGGAGGCCAAGCUCACCGUUGCCAUCAUCCUGCAGCGCUUCGUCUUCCGCCUCGCGCCCACCUACGUCCACGCCCCCACCGUCCUCAUGCUCCUCUACCCGCAAUAUGGCGCCCCCGUCAUCUUCCGACCCCUCCCGCCCGACCCCUCCGAUCCACCGGCCGCCCCCCGAUACAGAUGAGGGCCCCACCGGCGACCGGUCAAGCUAUUUCUCUCUCUCUCUCUCUCUCCCGAAUGAAUCAUAGAAACCGCCGCCGCCGCCGCCGCCGCCGAAAUGACCGAAACACCCCUGUACUGUACUUGUCCCGCCGCCCUUUCUCCUCUCCCGUAUUAGUCAGUAGUCUUUAGAUUAUUUAGAUAGAUAAGGUUGGUUGGUCGGUUGGUUGGUUGGUAAUCUCCGAACCAAAACCAACGCUAACAUUUGGACCCACCGCUUCUUCUUCUCUUCGGAUGUACAAGUUACCGGAAGUUACCCCUUCCUCCUCCCCUCGCCUCUUUUAACAGAUCGGAUCACGGAUCAGAUCAACCCUUUUAGGCUUAAAUGACAGGAAACCCCACCAAGUCCUCUUUGGUUCCUUUUGCAUGGCUUUGGUGUAUGUAAUUGUAUACAUGCUGUUUCUCAUCUCUUCAAUACAACUCAUAUUUGUUUAUCCCAAUCCUACAAUGUUAAAAAUAUCUCUUCCUCCCACCCUGCUCCGGUCCCCUUGUAGACACAGAGAAUUGAAAGUAUAUUUUACUGUUGAGAAUUGACUCUCAAAGGAGUUCGGAAUUAAUUGUUCUUCUCUCUUGCUAUGCGCUACGACGCUUUCUUUUCGGUGCGGACACGUGCCUCUUCCAAAACUCGAUAAUAACACGACAGUAGAGCAUAAAAAGAAAGACACGGAGAGACAGAGAGAUGAAAGUUUGGGAGAGGGCCGAUUGAAAUGUGA